CCUAACUCCCAGAACCGCUGCCGCAUCUUGCCCCGCUCCCGGCGUUCUCGGCGCUCUCGGACCAAAGCAGAACCCUUCUUGGACAGGAUGGCCAUGUCGGAGGUGGGUUCCUUCACCACCGAGACGGUGGUCAGCUGCCUCGAGAAGGUGACCCGGCCGUCGAUGAAGGGCGGCUUGGUAUGGUGCACGUUCAGGCGCACGCGCGUCUCCUCCUCGUCCGCCAGGUCCGUGUCCACCUCGUUCCUGACCGCCACGCCCGAGGUCAGGAGCCGGUUCUCCUCCCAGGCGUUCUGGUCCGCGGCUAGCUGGUUCUUGCGUGUGUUCUGCUGCUGCCGUCGCUUGUUGGCCUCGUUACGCUCCUGCAGCUUGCGCAUGGCCUCCUCCUUCUCUCGGAGCGUGGCCGGGUCGCCCCCGAAGAGGUCCUCCCCCCGAGAGACG